CGUGGACUCCGUCGAGCGGAGGCGAUCGAAUUGUCCGACCAUCGGGAAAGUAUUCACCGAGGGACCUCACCAUUCUCAAGCUAAGGAAAGUUGCAACACAGUCUUAUAGUUUGUUCUCACUUGACCCUGUGAAAUUGCCAAUAAUUGCAACAAAGAGCAGUACAAGUUAUUGUAUAAAAUCUGCUAUGAGUUACGAAAAGGAAAGAGUGAUUGAGUCAAAGGAGACUACUAGUACUUUGAGAGAGAAAGAUGCGGUGAUAAUUGUGGACCAUGGAUCCAGGCGUCAAGAAUCCAACCUAAUGCUAAAUGAGUUUGUGGCAAUGUUUAAAGGUCGAACUGGGUACCAUAUAGUGGAGCCUGCUCACAUGGAAUUGGCUGAGCCGUCAAUCCGAGAUGCAUUCAGACUCUGUGUUGAGCAAGGAGCUAAUCGGGUCAUUGUCAGUCCAUUCUUUCUCUUUCCAGGUCGGCACUGGCACAAGGAUAUCCCUUCAUUGGUAGCUGAGGCGGCUAGGGACCAUUCGGGUAUAUCUUAUAUCAUCACAGCACCACUUGGUCUUCAUGAGCUUAUGGUGGAUGUGAUGAAUGAUAGAAUUAAGCAAUGCCUAAGCCAUGUAGCUGGUGAUGCAGAUGAGUGUACUGUAUGCGCGGGAACAGGGAGAUGCCGUGUAUAUGAACUUUCAUGAGGAGAUAUAUACGAGUCAAUUCAGCUAUCAUCAUCGGAAGUGUAGAUCGUCAGAACAAUAAACACAAGUCAGUAUUAUGAGCUAAGACCCUCUUUUCCUUGCGAAAGUAAGAAGGAAACAUGUUGACAAAUAAAGGCGAAUACUUGUAUUAUAGCACUGUCGUCCAUGCUAUGUAUUGUAAUCUAGAUUUUUAAAAUACACAUCAAUUUUCACUAACAAAGGAGCCCCC